AUGUCCUACGUGACAUACCUCUUGGUCUUCAUAUGCCUAGAUGCUUUCGUCAUUAGCAUAGUUACCUGCUUAGCUCUACGCAUGAUAUUCCGUCGUGUCCACGAUGUGAAAGUUGAUUUGAUCCUCAUGCUGCCUUUCUGUUUUUCCGAUUUCUGUUUCUGUUUCACCGGCUUACUUUACUACUUUCGUCGAAUGAAUUACUAUCAGAUAACUGUGAAUGAAGUGAUUGAGAUAACUCAUAUGGAAUGUGCUCUUGAUGGUAUCGUCAUACUACAAGUUUUUGGAGUUUGGACUGUUGUUUGGUCUCUAUUUGUGGCGUCUCUUUGUUCGACCAUCGUUCUUAUCUUCCCACAACUUUUUCUCAUCCAAAAAUCAUAUAAACUCAUAUUGUACUCGGCAUUAGCUUUACUUAUCCUACCAACUGUCACUGUAGUGAUUGAGACAGUCUUAACUGUGAGAGUUCGGCAUGUAGAAAUCAUGAUGGAUGUGAUGUGUUCAAGAAGAGAUGUUCUCGGAGAAGAUCUCUAUACGAAGAUCAAAGUAAUUCGUUGGGUUCUACUGAUUAUCAGCUUUAUCAUUGUUUCAUUUUGUAUGAUUUAUAUACGAAAAGCAGCCAAUGAGAAUAACCCGCGUUUCAAAAAUGCCGACAACCUUGUUCAUAUCCGCAAAGGAGUUUUCCUCUCAGGAUAUCUAGUAAUAGUUAAUUCGAUUGUUUUUGUAUUUGCUGAUAUUAAUCGUUAUUUUGCUGGCACAGGAACUUUGGAUAAUCUCGCUAAUUUAGUUUUGAUUUCAAGAGGUGUUGUUAACUUUCUCGUUAUCUGUUAUAACUAUUCAACCUUUCAUAGUAUGAUAUUCAUGGAGUCAACUAUGAAUAUGUCAGUCAUAACACGUCUUCUGAUAUACAACGUACUCAGUUUCAUGUUCGCUAUCUUAGACAUUGGGCUUGUAGCUGUAAUUCUAUUGAAACGAAAAAACCCCGGCAUGGCCUUAGGGGAUAUUACAUAUAGCAUUGGUUUCUUUCUCUUCACCUGCAGACGAUUGGAGUAUUUUUCUAUCACUGUCUCAUUGGAUUUGGUCAUUUCACGCAGUGAGUGUGUGAAGAAUGCUGCUCCUAUCCUACUGUUUGUGGGGAGCAUUCUCGUAGGCAACAUGAACAUUAUCAAUGCCAUUGAUCGAUUCCUCGCUACGUUCUCGCCUAUUUGGUAUUAUCAACGAACUACAAGAUACACGAUUACUCUACUAUCAAUCUCUUUUGCUGCUGCUAUCUUAUUCUUAUGCACAGAUAUAUUACUUGUAUUGACUUCUCCCACUCGAUCCAUCGAGCAAGUGAAUAUCUAUUGUGGAUUCGUUGAAUUCGUUUAUCCUGAAGCUCGGAACUUUUUUGUUUAUUAUCAGUAUUCAUGUGUACUUCUAGCUGGAUUAGUUUAUAUAGCCAUAGGGUUCUCAUUGAAUAAGAGAUUGAAAAGAGCUAAUCAGUUGACGGUGUUGAGCAAGCAGAAUUCAAAGAAGCUCAUCAGGAGCAAUACGACGAUGUCUUUGAUUAUGUUGAAUACUGUUUUAUUUUUAUUAAUUCCUCAAAUACUUAUUGAUGCUAGUUUCGUUACAACAGAUAUCCGUACGGCUCUGUACGUGGUCAUCCUCUUCAAGACUGGCUUCAACUUUCUUAUAUUUGUUAGUCGGCAUCGUGAACUUCGUUCUUUCAUAAUUGGCACGAAGCCGAGUAUGAAUACAUGA